AUGGACCACCACGCAAGUUCUCAUGACGUGGCAUGGUGUGACUUAUGUAAGAAAGAUAUGGUAAAGGUUGUCUGUGAAAAAUGCAUCACCAAGCUUUGCAUGUUCUGUGCGGGAAAUCAUCACAUUUCAUAUGAGGAUCACAAACUAGUCACAUCUGAGUCCACUCUUAUUUACCAUAGACUAGGCACAUUUGAGUCAACUCCUAUUUACCAUAGAAAAGGCACAUUUGAGUACACUCCUAUUUACCAUAGACAUGGCACAUUUGAGUCCACUCCUAUAUACCCUGAAUGUGCCUCCCAUGAGAAAGAACUUUGUGAGAUGUACUGUAAAAACUGUAAACUUCCUGUCUCUGGUGUACAAAACAGAAUAGAUCAGUUAGAGAAGGAAUAUGAAGACCUUUCAACAGCCAUGACAAUACAUAAAGAUAACUUGCACAAAAAAAUUGACGAACAUUUCAAUAAAUCUAAGGCUGAAGUUAAGAAAAUGAAAAACAGACAGAUGCAAAGUUUGCAAAACCAUUUCGAGGAAAUCAACGAAAAAAUUUCCGAGAUUAAUGAUGAAAUUGGUGUAAUUGAUAAAGCUGUAGACGCUAAUGACAUUUCAAAAAUUUUUGAAGUAAGCUUCGACGCAGAUCAGCAAAAAAAGCUUUUACCGAAAAUUGUCGCUUCUGUACCAAAAUUCAAUCAAGGUAAAAUUCAAGAAGAAUUAUUUUCAAAAUUGUUUGGAACGUUAUCGCCAUUUAAUCUUACAUCAGAAAAGCAUGGCUACAGGAUGAAGGAAAUAGAAGGACCAACAGAAGGUAGAUCCGUUUCGUCACCAGCAGCUGGAGCCCUUCCUAAAGUCAACAAUCAACAGAUCUUGGAUCAAUUUCUCAAGUCUUAUUGA